GAAAGGGCAACCAGGCAGCCCUGCUAUGGGUGGGGUGGGGUCACCGUCCCCGUUGAGAAACAAGGACAGAAAGCCAAUCUCGCCGUCCAAAUCUCAAAUUGUCCCGAAAAUUGGCGGGUCAGCGGGAUCCGAAACAACCAUGGCUAAAUCUCGUUCUGUCGGCGGGAGAGACGAAGGGGAGAAAUAUAACUUGGACAAGUACAUCCAUAAGGAUAAACAGAAACAAAUGGAUCGCAAGAGAGCGUCAAUGCUUGCCUUCCAAUUCAGUCGCGUGGAUGGCUACCACUCAUCUACACACGACUACUCUACGGACCAGCUGCUGAGCGUACAAGAUAGAAAGAGGGCCUUGGAGGCCAAGAAAGAAAAAGGGCGCCAAAAACAACAGAUGACCAUAAACGAACAAAGCACGGAUAGUACAGAACCCCACCAAGGAAGAGGUGCAAGCGAGAGGGACACCAGCACCCAACUGACGCGCAAAGUGACUAAUAAUACGGCCAAGCGUGAGGUCCGUGAUGCGAUUGAAGCCGACACCCUCAGACGAAUGAAGGAAUACGAAAGCAACACCCAAUGGCGGUCUGAGAGACGCCGCGAAAUGCGCAGCACAUCCAUGUUAACACAGGCAGUGCGGUUCACGGCGCAGAUGCUGCUUGGGGUCGGCUUUGUGUUUGGCCUAGUCAUGAUGACGUUGAGCAUGCUCGCGUACAUACAAGAAGACUAUGCAUCGCAUCUGAAGGCCCCCAUCUACUUCAGUAGCACAUCAUCGGCGCUAAAAUUAGACAACGCUCACGUCAUCGAAUGGGAUCUCCACAAGAAUAUGACCACGUGGGGUGCGGAUAACGGGACGGAUUCCGGGACGGGCGGUGUGCUGGGUCGCCUGCACGACAGUCUCUACAGCCCAAGCCCCGACCCCCCCAACACCACCACCACUCACACCCUAAACCCUAGAUCAGACCCUGGUGUGAACUUGGACACCUGUCCUAAAGACUCGAACAGAGGGUGCGUGAACCCAAAGUGGGGCAAAGGACAGUCGCCUAAGUGGACGCCCUCGGCCGUGCCCCUUUACUCUGUGUGCGGUAGGCAUUGGCAUGGACUGACUGUCAUAGACUACGGGCUGCUGAGUCAGGCGUCGUACUUCCUGCCUGAGAAACAGAAUGAAGUGGUGAGUGCGUUCUUCGUAGACAGACCAGGCAUACCGCAAGCACGUAUCAUUCACGCAGAGGAUACAUUAGAGCCCAUCUGUGCCUGCGAUCGCCAAAACAUGGAUGAUUGCGAGUGCGAGACGGCCGCCCAGGCGAAGAUCUGGCGUGCCAAGUUCAUGGAGGUGUACUUCGACAGCCUAGACUUGACUGUCAUUGCAGUACAGGGCACAGACCCAGCAAACAUCGGGGAUGUGGUGGAAGACGUGCGUAUGUGGACGGAAACGGUCGUAUAUCAGGUAUGGGCACACCAGUGUAUAUACGUAUACGUAUAUUCUUAUGCGUAUGUGGGUACGCGUACAGGUGUUUGA